UCAUCCUCCUCCUCCUCCCCCCCUGCGGUGCUCGGCGGUGGCGACGAGCUGAGGUGAUCCGAGCGCACCGAGGGGACGCUCAGCGGUGUCGGAGAGAGUAAACAAACAGGACAUCGCAUCGAAACACUCGCCGAGAUGGGGAACCGGGGCAUGGAGGAUCUGAUCCCCCUGGUGAACCGCAUGCAGGAUGCCUUUUCCGCCAUCGGCCAGAACGCCAACCUUGACCUGCCUCAGAUUGCGGUGGUGGGCGGACAGAGUGCUGGGAAGAGCUCGGUGCUGGAGAACUUCGUGGGGAGAGAUUUCCUUCCACGUGGUUCUGGCAUCGUGACUCGUCGACCUUUGGUCCUGCAACUGAUGAACUGUCCCACAGAGUAUGCCGAGUUCCUCCACUGUAAGGGCAAAAAGUUCACAGAUUUCGAUGAGGUUCGACAGGAGAUUGAGGGUGAGACUGACCGCAUGACGGGCGCCAACAAGGGCAUCUCGCCCGUUCCCAUCAACCUGCGGGUUUACUCCCCCCAUGUGCUCAACCUGACACUGGUGGACCUCCCGGGCAUGACCAAGGUACCCGUGGGCGACCAGCCAGCCGACAUUGAGGCUCAAAUUCGAGAAAUGUUGAUGCAGUUCGUCACCAAGGACAACUGCCUGAUGCUCGCCGUCUCGCCGGCUAACUCAGAUUUGGCCAACUCGGAUGCUUUGAAGAUUGCCAAAGAAGUCGACCCUCAGGGUAUGAGGACCAUCGGUGUGAUCACCAAACUGGACCUUAUGGACGAGGGGACGGAUGCCAAGGACAUACUGGAAAAUAAAUUGCUUCCGCUCCGAAGAGGUUACAUUGGCGUCGUGAACAGGAGCCAAAAAGACAUAGAUGGCAAGAAAGACAUCACUGCUGCCUUGGCCGCCGAGAGAAAGUUCUUUCUGUCCCACCCCGCCUACAGGCACCUGGCCGAACGUAUGGGCACGGCCUACCUGCAGAAAAUCCUCAAUCAGCAACUCACCAACCACAUCCGGGACACGCUGCCGGCUCUGAGGGCCAAGUUGCAGAGUCAGCUCCUUUCCAUCGAGAAGGAAGUGGAGGAGUACAAGAACUUCAGGCCAGACGAUCCGUCCCGCAAGACCAAAGCUCUGCUCCAGAUGGUGCAGCAGUUCUCCGUUGACUUUGAGAAGUGCAUCGAAGGCUCCGGGGACCAAAUCGACACGGCCGAGCUGUCCGGCGGCGCCAAAAUCAACCGCAUAUUCCACGAGCGAUUCCCGUUCGAGCUGGUCAAGAUGGAGUUCGACGAGAAGGAGCUCCGCAAGGAGAUCAGCUACGCCAUCAAGAACAUUCACGGCAUCAGGACGGGUCUGUUCACCCCUGACCUGGCCUUCGAGACUAUAGUGAAAAAGCAGAUCCAAAAACUGAAGGAGCCCACUCUGAAGUGUAUAGAUAUGGUUACGAGCGAACUCACCUUCACCAUACAAAGGUGUAGUCAAAAGCUGGCUCAGUACCCAAUGCUGAGAGAAGAGAUGGAGAGAAUCGUCACUCAGUAUAUCAGAGACAGAGAGAACCGCACUAAAGGCCAGGUGCUGUUGCUGAUCGACAUCGAGUUGUCGUACAUGAACACCAACCACGAGGACUUUAUCGGCUUCGCCAAUGCUCAGCAGAGGAUCAGCCAGAUGAAUAAGAAGAAAGUGGCCGGCAAUCAGGAUGAGAUCAUGCCGGAGAGAGGAGUUAACGAUCGGUUCAAGGUGAUUCGGAAGGGAUGGCUGACCAUCAACAACAUCAGCAUCAUGAAGGGCGGAGCCAAAGAAUACUGGUUUGUCCUCACCGCUGAGUCCAUGUCCUGGUACAAGGAUGACGAGGAGAAGGAGAAGAAGUACAUGCUGCAGGUGGACAACUUGAGACUGCGGGACGUGGAGAAAGGCUUCAUGUCCAGCAAGCACAUUUUCGCCCUGUUCAACACCGAACAAAGGAAUGUGUACAAGGACUAUCGUCAGCUGGAGUUGGCCUGUGAGAGUCAGGAAGACGUGGACGCGUGGAAGGCCUCUUUCCUCCGAGCCGGCGUGUACCCUGAACGCGUCACGGACAAGGAAGGCAAGAGCGAUGGAAGCGACGAAAAUGGCUCGGACAACUUUAUGAACAGCAUGGACCCUCAGCUGGAGCGCCAGGUGGAGACCAUCCGCAAUCUGGUGGACUCCUACAUGGCCAUCGUCAACAAAACAGUCCGCGACCUGAUGCCAAAGACCAUCAUGCACCUCAUGAUUAAUAACUGUAAGGAGUUCAUAAACGCCGAGCUGCUGGCCCAGUUGUACUCGUGCGGGGAUCAGAAUACUCUAAUGGAGGAGUCCCAGGAGCAGGCGCAGCACCGCGACGAGAUGCUGCGCAUGUACCACGCCCUGCGCGAGGCGCUCAGCAUCAUCGGCGACAUCAGCACCACCACCGUCACCACCGCCAUGCCGCCGCCUGUGGACGACUCCUGGCUGCAGGUUCAGCGGAGCGGAUCCGGCGGAAGGUCUCCGGCUACCAGUCCCACUCCCAACCGCAGGGCGCCACCAGGCCCCCCUGCUCGCCCUGGUUCCCGUGGGCCUCCUCCCGCCGGUGGACCCCCGGUGCCCUCUCGCCCCGGGGCUUCUCCGGACCCUUACAGUGGACCCCCGCCCACCGUGCCCUCCCGGCCUAACCGUGCACCGCCAAGCGUGCCCAGUCGGAGACCCCCGCCUUCUCCGACCCACUAGACCGGCAACCUCCCUCCUUCCCUUCCUCUCCGUCCACCCCUGCGACGCCACAGGGCAACAGCGCCACCUUCCUGCAGCGACUCCUAUCCUUUCUGCAAGGCCGACCCCUGACCCCUCGCCCCCCGCCAUCCCUUCCCCCCACACGACAUGCAUGAUAGAACUCUGAAUAUACAUACUGUACAAAUACAGUAUGCAUUGUACGCAGUGCAUAUAAUUACUCCUGUAAGACACCAAGGAGGGAAUAUUUCACACACGCAUAUAUGACUAGGGAUGUAAAAUGAACUUUAUUUAUAACACGGGGAAUACAUUUUAUUUCAUAUAAUAAAAUGCCAUGAAAUAAUUAAAAAUACUGUUAAUUGCAAAAGUCAUCAAAUAUGUUAGUCAUGAAAUAAAUAAGUUAGUUCUGACAAAGAUCAUUAAUCCAUUCAUUUAUUAUGAAUAUUUAAGGUUACAUUUCACAGUUUUUUAAUGAAGGACAAUUAAUUGCAUUAUUUCAGAAUCCAAUUCAUUAAAAAAACAUGUUUUAAUUUAUUUAAUUUUAAAUGUUACAUUUUUUUUUAUUUUUUUUUAACACUAAAAUUGGCCCUAGUGUGUGAAUGUGAGUGUGAAUGUUGUCUGUCUAUCUGUGUUGGCCCUGCGUUGAGGUGGCGACUUGUCCAGGGUGUACCCCGCCUUCCGCCCGAUUGUAGCUGAGAUAGGCGCCAGCGCCCCCCGCGACCCCGAACGGGAAUAAGCGGCAGAAAAUGGAUGGAUGGAUGUUACAUUUUUUUUUAAAUAAUAAUAUAGAACUUUUUCAUCAACUUUUAUUUUAUAAUAUAUUUAUUAUUGAUUAAUUUAUGUUUUUCUUCCCGUUUUUGGCACUUAAAUAUUGGUCAUGAAAUAAAUCAAUGAGAGAGAUAGUGAAAUGAGGCUACAUUAAUUACUGUAUUUCAUGUAAAAUACACUGAAAUAUUUCCCAUUUUUAUUCAUUAAUGUAUAUCCUAAUGACAUGUUAAUUAUUGAUUUAGUUGUCUAUUUCCUCCCCUUUAUAUGGUUUGAAUAAAUUAAUUAGGAAAUUAAAUAAAUCAUUUUAAAAUGAGAUUUCAUUCAUUUGUAUAUUUUAUGUAAAAUACACAAAAAUACUUCACAUUCUUAUUAAUUAAUUUAUAUCUUGAUUAUAUGUCAAUUACUGAUUUAGUCAUCUCUUUUGUCACUUUAUUGUUUGAACACAUUCAGUAAGUAUUAAAAGGUCACGAAGUAAACCAUUUUAAAAUGAGGUGUCAUUCAUUUGAAAUGUUUCAUGUAAAAGACACACAAAUAUUUUACAUUUUAUACAUUUAUUUUAAUCUUGUUUAUAUGUUAAUUGCUGAUUUGGUCACAUGUUUUGGUGUUUGAAUAAAUUAAGUAUUCAAAGGUCACGAAUCAUAAAUUGGUCAAAUCACUAAGAAAAAUAAUAAAAUGCCAAUUAUUUCAUGACAAACAAAUACAUGAUUUCAUAUUUUUAAGUAAUUUUUUAUUUAUCAUUUUAGUUAUGUUUUUAUUUGAUUGAUAUUCAUGAGUUUAUAUAACUACAUUAAUUGAUCAAAAUGCCCACAAAAACCUCCAUAUGAUCUCAGAUUGAAAAUGAAUUUUUUUGUUGUUUUUGCUUUUUUCCAUGUUUUAGUACAAUUAUUUAAAAGGAUAAAGUAUAUUUUAUAAACUUUUGAUCUUAUGAAAAGAACAAAACUUCUUUUUCCUAUGUCAAAUAAUACAAAAAUGAUGGUAAAAAAAAAAAGUUAAAAUAUUGUUAUGUUAGUUUUGUGCACUUUUAGUUGUUUUGGUCACACCUGUGUUGAUUAGCCUCAGUGGGCGUGUCCACCAAUCAGCCAAUCAGCUGCUGAGCUGCUGGACCUCACCUGCUUCUCGUUAUUCUCCUCCACUGUUGGUCUUGUUGUGUUAUUUGAUCGAAGCACGCCAUGUUCGGUCACGUGAUGAUGGAUGUCAAAAGAAAAAAAAAGUACUGUUCCUUUAAGAGGGUUUUGUUAUUGACCUUUACUACGUCUAUGACGUCAUUUGUUUGUUUUUUUUCUGAACAGCAAUUGAACCCUAGACGGCUCUUUCGUUCCUUUCUUCAUGAGCGAGGCCUGGAUCCUUCCUCCUCAUCAUCCUCCUCUAUGCAACACCAACAUUUGUUUUUUGUUUUUCAUGUCAAAUGAAAUGAAAGCUUUGAAUGAAUGAAUGAAUGGAAGGAACUGUUACUUGUUAAAAAGAAGGCGGGAUGUGAUACAAAAAAGUGCAAUAUGUAGCAGGUUUCUUUGCUGGCAACAAGAGGAAGAUUUUUUUGUUUUGUUUUCCUGCAAAAAUGAUCAUCUUCACUUUUUGUUUUCCUGUCCCCUUCAUGAUUCUCUGGAUGAAAUGUUCACUCAUUCUUCUUGAAUAGUGGUGUGUUGUGUUUGGACCUUGUUCAUCAUAUCUUUGUUGCGUGUUCCAUCCUGUAUAUACAAUAUGUGUCGUGCUGAUUAGAAGAGUGUGUAUUGCAGACAUAUUGAAGUGACGUGUGUACAAUAAUAAUUAUAAUAUUAAUAAUCAUGUUGGCAGGAUGUUUGAUACCAACAUUAGAUGUUUGUUCCCUCGUCCCCAAGAUAAUGAUAUUGUGUCCUGGUGUGGAUGAAAACAUGAAGGACCUUAUUUGUUCACUCAAUAAAAACUGCAGUAUACUGACUAAC